AUGCAGGCAGAUCCAGAGAAGAGCUUGUUCGCUCACGAAGACGAGGAGAAAGAAUUCGCAGAGAUCGCAGCGAAAAUCUCGGAGGAUUUCGAUUUUAAGCUCACUUUCCUAGGGUUAAGCGAUGAUCAUGAACACGAAGAUUCAGAUCAUAAUGAAGCUGAAGCUAGUGAUGCGGAUGAUGAUUUUUCUUUCGUGACCAAGGGCUCUGAUACGUUGUUGUCAGUAUCCGAUCCGAUCCGACCCUAUUUUCCGUUGUUUAACCGCGAUUUAUUAUUAGCACACGAAGAUUAUAAAUCUUCGGAUAAUAAUAAAUCAGCGUCGAAGCCUCCCGUGGAGAAAAUAUUUAUCGAAACGACAUCGAGUAAAAAAAGCGAAGUUAAUAAUGAACCGGGAUUUGUUAGCGGAACUGCAACCGGACCGUAUUGUGCAUGGGAAAAACCGGAGCUUUCGAAGAAGAGCAAUUCCACCGGUUUUUCGAAAUUAUGGAGAUUUAAGGAGUAUUUGAACCGGAGUCACAGCGAUGGAAAUGACGCUUUCGUGUUUUUAAAUAAACCGGUUCAUAAAAAACCCGCCGAUGUUAAAGUUAUCGGAGACGGAGAAAAAAAGGUGGAGAAGAAGGUGAAAAAAUCGAAAGUAUUAUCCUCGCACGAAGUUUAUUUAAGGAGUAAAGGGAUUCAUCCGGAACACGAUAAACGGAAAUCGUAUCUGCCGUAUAAGCCUGAGGUGGUGGGGUUUUUUACUAGCGUUAAUGGUGGUGGAUUAAGCAAGAAUGUUCAUCCCUAUUGA